GAAUGCGGGCCCCGACAGCGCUCGCCGUCUUGCUGGCGGCGAUCUGCGGCUGCGCGUCGCUGCCCUCGUGCCGCUACCCUCGGCACUUCACGGACCACGACUACACGUGCCUGGGAUUCAGCAACGCGUCGGAGCUGGAAGAAGAGAUCCAGCUGCUGCGCGCGGGAGCCCCGAUCCACCUGACGCUCAAGGACAGCCGGCUCGAGCACCUGCCUUCGAGCGCGUUCGCUCACCUGGACGUCUCGGUGCUCGAGCUCAACAACGUCACCGUGGGCACCUUCACGCUCGCCGAGCAGCACCCUUUCGAGGGCUUCGAGGACACGCUCACCGAGAUCACCUUCAGUGACGACAGCACGCUGCCGGAGUCAUGGGCCGUGCUGAAGGAACUGCACAAGCUUCGCGUGCUGGCAAUAUCGGACAUGAGUUCCGUGAAUCUGACCAACGACUUCCACCUACUGCCCCAGAGCUUGCGCGUCAUAGGGGUCACCUCGUCGCAUCUGGAAUACGUGGACGACGACUGGCUGGCCCCGCUGACCAACCUUGAGGUGAUCGCGGUCGUGGACACCUCCAUGAGCUCGCUCAAGAGGUCCAUGCUGCCCAGGCCGGCGCCGAAACUCUGGCGCCUCAUGUUCCACAACAACAGCUUGACCAGCGUCCCGAAGGACCUCUUGCAAGACAUGCCCAAGCUGAUCGCCAUGGACCUUGGCGACAACCUGAUCCGGACGUUUGAUGAGGAAAGCGUCGCGCCAAUCUUCAAGCAGCCGCUCUACGACCUCAUCAUCGCAGGCAAUCCCCUGCACUGCGACUGCAAGCUGCGUUUCAUGCGCGGCCACAUCAAGAACUGGCGCCCUAACCGCUGCCACACGCCGGAGUCACUGAGGGGCCACCACCUCAACUGGGUCACCGACCAGGAACUGGGCUGCCAGAACGCCACGACCCCCACUGUGCCCCCACUGGGACGAUGACGCGAGCCCUUCUUGGUUACAGCGGGAUCAGCUGCGAGGUUGUGGGAUA